AUGGAAAUCGAGGAGAAGCCGCGAAAAUUGCACAAAGUGAGCGAGGCAGUCAAGAAAUGGUGCAAUAAAUAUCUACUAGAAGGUCAGAAUAUCGAUGAAGAGCAUGCGGUGAAAAUGGAGGCUUUACCGGAAAACCCCUCCUGCUCGCAGUUGAUUUUUAUCAAAUAUCGAAAAUUUGUGGCGAUGCUCAUUCCGUUCGUCAUUGUUGAGACACUGUGGUGGUCAGUCGCCAUCCGCUACAACUUUUUCCGAUAUUACCCGAAUUACUGGGAGAUGCCGCUGACAAUGGUGUUGGGCGCAUUCGUCGGCGGGAUGACGUCGGAAGGCGCCGGCGCCGUUGCAUUUCCCGUCAUGACACUCGCUCUACACAUCGCUCCCGAAAUUGCCAGAGAUUUCUCGCUAAUGAUUCAAUCGAUUGGCAUGACUUCCGCCCUCGUCUGUGUUUUAUUCAUGAAAGUCCAAUAUGAGCCCAACGCAGUGAUCAUUGGAAUCAUUGGCGCCGUUCCAGGAUUCAUUAUCGGCGUCCAUUUCCUAGACCCAUUAUUCACGGGACCACAAAAGAAAAUGUUGUUCGUGUCCAUCUGGACAGCUUUCGCAUUUGCUCUCGGCCUUCUGAACGCCCAAAAGAAGCGUCCAACAUUUAAAGAAAUCCCAAAUUUUUGCGCAUGGAAAGCUUUUGUCUUGUUUCUUACGGGAAUUGUUGGAGGAAUUUUUGACUCGUUUGCGGGCUCCGGAAUCGACAUUUGUAUAUUCGCCAUCAUCACAUUGUUGUUCCGAGUUUCCGAAAAGGUAGCAACUCCAACGACAGUGAUAUUAAAAGGGUCGAUAUCCAUGUUUGGCUUUUACUAUCGGGCCGUUAUGAUGGGCGACAUUGACAUUAUGGCAUGGCGAUAUUUUCAAGUGACAAUUCCAGUCGUUUCCAUAUUUGGACCGAUCGGCUCGUUUUUGGGCACUCAUUUGCAUCGUCAGGUCAUUGCGAGCUUUGUCUACAUCCUCGAAGCGCUCGCCCUAAUCGGAUUCUUGCUAACGAAACCCGCGUGGAUUCUAAUCGCCGUCGGAGCCGCUAUAAUCGUUGUCGGAUUCGUCUUUUUCUCGAUUAUUUCGAAACUCGGUGCGAUUUUAAUGCAAAACGAGGCAAAAAUGAAAGAGAAAAGUGGUUUAGAUGCGUGA